AUGGAUCCAGCAGAGCUACGUCGUGUUUUUCAGAUGUUUGAUCGCAAUGGUGAUGGCAAGAUCACAAAACAAGAGCUUGCAAAGUCUUUAGAGAACCUUGGAAUAUACAUACCAGAUGAUGACCUUGCCCAAAUGAUCGAGAAAAUAGAUGUCAAUAAAGACGGGUUUGUGGACAUGGAGGAGUUUGGUGAACUUUAUCAGACAAUAUUGGGCGAGAGGGACGAGGAAGAAGAUAUGAGAGAGGCGUUCAAUGUGUUUGACCAAAAUAGGGACGGGUUCAUCACAGUGGAAGAGUUGAGGUCCGUAUUGGGCUCGCUUGGGUUAAGGCAGGGUCGAUCGGUUGAGGAGUGUAGGCUCAUGAUCAAAAAGGUCGAUGAAGAUGGUGAUGGAAUGGUUAACUACAAAGAGUUUAAACAAAUGAUGAAAGCGGGUGGUUUUGCUGGCUUGGAAACUUGA